AUGGCGAACGCAUUCGGUUCGGCAUGGCGCUCCUUCUGGCAUACCAUGACCUCCUAUGACCGUCAUGCCUCUCACGACUCUCCCUAUCGCACUGGUCGACACGUCCCCCUGAGCCAAAGUCGCCAUGAACCUCUCACCUCCAUUGCUACCAGCGCCAUCGAGUCCCGCCCCGACCUCUCCAGCCCCUAUGACGACGAACCAACCAAGGGCUUGGCAUCCGCACAGGCGACCGAAUGGAACGGAUCUCCUACCGAGGUAGGCUCGCCGAAUCGCCCUUAUUCACCGGGCAUGCGAUCGCUGGCGUCUCAAAAACGCGGUUCCAACGAGCAGGCCGAUGGCCCGCCUGAGAUUCAGAUGCAGAGCUUCCAUGACGGCGCGCCCCCUCCACCCCCGGUCGCUCACUCCUGGCGCAAGAUUGAGCGGUGGUUGGAGCACAACUACGAGGAACUGUUGGACAAUCUCGGCGAAGGAUGCACGCAAAAUGAUAUUAAUGAAUUGGAACACGAGUUGGAUUGCACUCUGCCAUUGGAGUUGCGCGAGUCCUUGAUGAUCCACGAUGGUCAGGAGCGGCCCGGUCUACCUACGGGUGUUCUAUUCAGCUGCAUGCUGUUGGAUUGCGAGGAGAUUGUGCAGGAGCGGAGGAACUGGAAGACAGUAAACGACGAAUUCCUGAGCCACAAUGCUCCCCUCCCUGCGCCGGUAUCUAGCUCCGCCGCCAGCUCGUCCUCGGCCGCUGCUCAGCAACAAAGCAACCCGGGCGCCUGGCGCAAUGAUCUGCUCGACCGCCAGGACUCGCAACCACCCGGUGCUGUGCAAAAGGCAUACGCCCACCCCGCCUGGAUUCCCGUCGCCCGCGACUGGGGUGGCAACCACAUCGCCAUCGAUCUGGCCCCCGGACCUGCCGGCAAAUGGGGUCAGGUUAUCAUUUUCGGUCGCGACUACGACUGUAAAUAUGUGAUUGCACGGUCGUGGGCGGCCUUUUUGGCUAUUUUCGCGGAGGAUCUAUGCAGCGGCAAGACCUAUGUCGAGGAGGAGACCAACGAGAUGAAGCUGAGGGAGUUCAAGUCGCAAAAUGUCGAGCCACCAUACCUGGAGAUUUUGCGCUGGCGGACAGACCAGAAGUACGGACGUCGGGCGCCCCGACGACGUGCUCCCAAUGGGUUGGGUGUGAAUGGCAAUGGCAAAUCCAGCAGUCGGGACUCGCCUUAUGGUAGCCCAACUCGGGCUGAGGAGCGUGGACGCUCGCCGCAUCGGUUCUCCAAGGGCCCUACACAAUCUCCCAAGACGCCAUUCGGUGUGUCCAGCCCUCUGGCUCGCGUGACAGAGGAAACCUCAAGUCCCAUUACCACCGCGGGUCCCACGAUCUCGGAGGAUCCCCGGGAGCACGACAAGGAGGCUGAGCAGACAGAAGACCUGAUGGAGGUUGCCACACCACAGAUCUCCAACAAGGAGAAUGAGGGAUUCCCCGAGAAGCCGACUGAAACGAAGGUGCCCGAGAAUGAGAAGAGCGAAAAGAGCGACGGAACUGCGGAACCCUCGAGUGUGAUGGAUUCAGAGGUUCUUGGAGAGAUGAAGAACGUGGCUAUUUAG